AUUGACAGUUCUCUUAGUUCCAUAACAUGACUUCGUCUGUCAUACGGUGUUUGGUUCUGAGAACUACAGUCACCGACCUCCCAUGGAAACAUUUUACUCGGAAAUGGGUUCAUCCAGCCACUUUGUCGGGAAUGGUAUCGAAUCGUGGUAUAGUCUACUCAAGGAUAAAUUACAAAAAAAGAAAGGUCGACGAAAAAAAGGUUGUCAAUGAGACGGAGAAAAAGUUCAAGAACAAAAUCAAAAUAGUGCGAAUUGCCGAUAUCUGGAAAAAUAUGACCGUUCAGGAAUUGGCAGAUUCACUUGAAAGAGAAGUUGAGUCCGUUCAGGAGGUAAUGCUGUAUGUGGCAGAUGCCAAUAAUUUAGAACCAUCCGCUCGAUUGGAAGACCUGCAAAUAACUCGAGAAAUUGCCUUAAAAUGCGGUCAAAAAACUAGAGUCGUAGCACCUCCCACCAAAGAUACUGUGGUCGAAGUCAAGGAAAAGGAUGUUUUCCCUCGACCACCUGCUCCCAAGGCCAAUUUAAAAUUACGUGCGCCCGUCGUCACUGUAAUGGGACACGUCGAUCACGGUAAGACAACGUUACUGGAUACACUACGAGGUGCUUCGGUGGCUGCUGGUGAAGCCGGUGGUAUAACGCAACAUAUCGGUGCCUUUACGGUACGCUUAGAAAAUGGUGAAAUGGUUACGUUCCUGGACACGCCUGGCCAUGCAGCAUUCAGUGCAAUGAGAGCUAGAGGCGCAAAUUGUACUGACAUUAUUGUAUUGGUCGUUGCGGCUGAUGACAGUGUUAUGCAACAGACUAGGGAAGUUAUACAAUUGGCCAACGAUGCAAAUGUUCCCAUUAUUGUGGCCAUUAAUAAAAUUGACAAACCUCAGGCUGACAUCGAACGCACAAAAAAAGAUUUACUGCAAAUGGGAAUCGCGUUGGAGGGUCACGGCGGUGAUGUUCAAUACAUUGGAAUAUCAGCAUUGCAUGGAACCAAUCUUCAGGAGCUGGCUGAUGCUGUGUCGACACAAGCUACUCUUAUGGAUUUGAGAAGUGAAUAUACUGGCCUUGUCGAAGGUGUGGUGAUUGAAUCGAAAAGGGAUCCACACAGAGGAAAACUUUCAACGGCAAUAGUUACUCGUGGGACGCUUCGAAAAGGGGCAAUUUUGGUGAGCGGCACUGCUUGGGCUAAAGUUCGUGGAUUAUUCGAUCACACUGGGCAACUAAUUGAGUGUGCCACUCCAGGCACACCAGUGGAAAUUCUUGGUUGGCGUGAGCUUCCAUUUGCUGGCGAAGGAAUUCUGGAAGUAGAAUCCGAGAAAAAGGCCAACUCAGUCAUCAGUUUCCGACAGUCAAAGAGUCUAACCGAAAAAGCUCUCAGCGAUUUAGAGGAAUAUCGUCAGAGAGAGGAAAAACACAAUGCCGAGUAUCAGGCAAAGCGAGCGCUACGCAAACAAACCGGCCAUAGAGCGAGAAUUGCAACACGUCCAAAGGAAUCGGAAGCGGAUGACGGCAUUCCUCGCGUUAACAUCGUGCUAAAAGGUGACGUACACGGAUCUGUUGAAGCCAUACUCGAUGUGCUGGACACAUACAAUCGAAGCGACAUCUGUCGUUUAGGUGUCGUUCACUAUGGUGUGGGCGAUGUUAAUGAAAGCGAUCUGGAAUUGGCGAAAGCCUUCGACGCAAUCGUGUACGCUUUUUCUGUAAAACCACCAGCGGACAAACCGAAAGGAGUUGUUGUCAAGGAAUUCAACAUUAUCUACCGACUCGUUGACGAUUUGAAGGAACAACUCAAUGCCAAACUGCCACAAAUCGAAGUGGAAGAGGUGCUGGGCGAAGCAAAUGUGUUGCAGAUUUUUGAGGUGAAUGAAGGUCGCAAAAAAGUGUCGGUCUUGGGUUCUCGUUGCGUUAAAGGUGUGUUAAAGAAAGCAGGUCGAUACAAGUUGAAACGACUCGACGAAGUUUUAUGUGAUAGCACAUUGGCAUCGAUGCGCCACCUAAAGAACGAGGUCGACACCAUAAAAAAAGACGUCGAAUGUGGAUUGAAGCUGGAAAAUCAAGAAGUAGUGCCACAACCUGGAGAUGUAUUGGUCUGUUACACAACGAAGCUGCAGGACCAAAAGACAGAUUGGGAUCCGGGAUUUUGAUGGUGUCAUUGGGACAUGUUUUAGGCAACAAUUCAAGAUGUACGUUUCGUAAGCUUUAGUAUUCAAAUCGAAUUGACAAUACGUUUAUUGUUUGUACAAGCAGAGCAGUGCUAUGAAGAUAAAAUAAUAAAAAGAACAUUCUAUAUCA